GGCGGCUUAGCCGCCCUCGCAGUUAGCGCGCUAGGAGAGAAGCUGCUACGCCCGCGACGCAAGAGAAGCUGCGCAGGAGACAAUGGCAGGCUCAGUGUUGGCGAUUCGGGCUCGGCUCGGUGUCUGGGGUGUGAGAGUCCUACAACCCCGAAGCUUCGGCUCGGACUCGUCAGAGAGCAUGGACACGGGCGCUGGCUCCAUCCGAGAAGCCGGUGGGGCCUUCGGAAAGAGAGAGAAGGCUGAAGAGGAUCGGUACUUCCGAGAGAAGACUAGAGAACAACUGGCUGCCCUGAAGAAACACCAUGAAGAUGAGAUCCAGCACCACCAUCAGGAGAUAGAGCGUCUGCAGAAACAAAUUGAACGUCAUAAGAAGAAGAUUAAAAGCCUGAGAAGUGAUCAUUAAAUGCAAUCAGUCACCCACAGAAUGGCUGUAUCAUUCCCCACUUCUAUAGAGACAUAGUUCUGAGUGAUUAAUAUUUUGAUCUGUGUGCUACUGACAGAUAAUAAAUUAUCACCAGUAAAUCAUG